AUGGAAGUCGAUGAAAAUACGUACUUACAACAUAAACGAAUGAAAGUGUAUAGCUUGGAAACUAAUUCUAUCGUCGAGAGAAAAUGGUUUCUGGACCUGUUGACUUGCAUGUUCGGAGUGGGUGCUUGGAUACUGGUCAACAGUCUGUACACGCAGCUGCCAUUGCUCGUGCAGACCGCGCCCGAGGGAUGGAACUUGCCGUCGUACUUGUCGAUUGCCAUACAAACCGGAAACGUGGGCCCGCUGGUGUAUGGUGCCUGGCGCCGGAGAUACGGCAACCGGUACGACAGGCCACUGACAAUCGCCGUGCUCACUUCCGGCGUGGCGUCUGUGUUCCUGAUGGCCGGGUUCUAUGACGUGACGGGCUCAGUUUUCGGACAAACGCACAGCGUCGUGCUCUGUGCGCUUACGUUCACCAUGGCGCUGGUCGGGUGCACUAGUUCCGUUCUGUUCAUACCAUCGCUGGCCCGGUAUCCGGACAUAUACCUGGUCACGUACAUGGUCGGCGAGGGCAUCAGCGGUUUUGUGCCCAGCGCGGUCGCUAUCGUCCAGGGCAUAGGCACCACCACUUGCCGGUCGGUGGUGGGGCCGGACGGGCAGAGGUCCGAGGUGAAGUCGACGACUGACGCACUCUUUUCGAGCGGCCCGUUUUUCGUCGGGAUCGGAUCAAUAAUGUGUGCGAGCACGGUGUCGUACCUGUGCUUGGAGUACUUGCCGACCUGCAAGAGAGAAAAGAUCAGGACGCCGCCGGACGACGACGGCCACCAGACGAUCGGCGUCGGCGGCACCGACAACCGCAGUCGUCAUCUAAACGUUUCGCUGCUAGCCGUGCAAGGCGUGAUCGUUUUCUUCGCCAACGGACUGUUGCCCAGCAUCCAAUCGUUCUCAUGUCUGCCAUACGGAUACAUGGCGUAUCAUUUCGCGACGAACCUGUCAAACAUUGCCAACCCCGUAGCUUGUUUCGUCGCCUAUUAUACGAAUCGAACGUCCAAAACCGUAAUUUACAUGCUGUGCAGCGUUUGCUUAGUGUCCACAGUGUACAUGCUGAUGACCGCCUUUAUGAGUCCGUCGCCUCCAUUGCGCAAUUCAACCACUGGAAUAGUCUUAAUAGUUUUUAUGUGGGUUUUAUUCUUUGGAUGUGCCUCUUAUGUUAAAUUGUCAAUAGCUGCUAUACUGCGAAACAAAGGUAACAGAGGACUAUUUCUUUACGGCUGCAUUACUCAAAUAGGAUCAACAGCAGGAGCAUUGAUCGGAUUUUAUUUAAUUAACGUUGUACAAUUGUUAAAAUCAUAUGAACCUUGUUGA